GAUACGAUUGUGCAGAGUAGUGUUGAAAGAGCUUGGGAUGAUGAUUGUGAGGAGGAGGUAGUUCAUGGUGUCAAGGAUGAGGUUGAGGAGGAUGCCGAGUCAUUAUGUGAGGCCAUUGACCCGAAGUGUGCAUUGAUGAAUGACCCGACUCAUGAUGUUGAUUACAAAGUGAUUCCCAUGUCCUUUGGGUGGUCAUUUCGUGUUAUCGAGGAUGGUGAACAUUUGGAGAAUUUUAGUGCAUACAUGCACAUGCUUCCGAUUCCCAAAAUUAUUGAGCAGACAUCCGAGAUAGCAUUGGUGAUGACCGGGAUGGAUUCCACAUGCUCCACAGACAUGUUCAUAAUUCUGGAGGUCGAAUAUAGGGCCUUGAUACGUAAAGAAAUAUCUUUUCUCUUGAUGGGUGUUGAUAUCCGUGCUCGGUUUCACAAGAAUACGGCCACGAGA